AAGUGAAUCUAAAGUUUAGACUUUAGAUUGGACUUUAGUCCCCCUAUGGUUUUGCGUCAAACUGAAUGACGUCAUAUCUUGCAAGAGACACUACCUUUUCCUCUUUGCCAAAGAGAAAAGGAGAAACUUUCUUAAGAGGACACACUCCCUCUAUCUCUUUGGUCUGCGCUCGGUUCUUGAAAAAUCCACGGAGUUUCGCAAUCCACAGAGCCGACCAUGGAGUUGCAUGCAAAGCAGAAUUUCUUCUUCUUGGUAUCCGUUUCAUUCCUCUGUGCUGUUGUUGUUGCAGAUCUUCAGGCACCUGUAGUCCACACAAAGCUCGGGAGCCUGAAAGGUGAGUAUGUGAGUGUGAAAGGGAAGGAGACUGGCGUCCAUGCCUACCUGGGUGUCCCAUUUGCCAAACCACCCCUCGGCCCUUCCUUGAGACUGGCUCCACCUCAGCCUGUUGAAGGAUGGGAAGGAGUAAGAGAUGCCACUAAACAGCCACCAAUGUGCAUUCAGUCUAAAGAAGCUGUUUUGGAUCUGGCUGAUAAACUCGGUGGACUGCUGGCAGAAAUACCAGACAUCUCUGAAGACUGUCUUUACCUCAACAUUUACACUCCUGCAAAAAGAGCUAAUAAUGCCAAGCUCCCAGUCAUGGUCUGGAUCCAUGGUGGGGGCUUUAUGCUGGGAUCAGCUUCAACAUAUGAUGGCUCUGCCUUGGCUGCUUACCAGGACGUGGUUGUGGUUUUGAUCCAGUAUCGCUUGGGACUUCUGGGUUUUCUCAGCACUGGAGAUGAGCACAUUUCAGGGAACUUUGGCCUGCUGGACCAGGUUGAAGCUCUCAAGUGGAUCCAGCAGCACAUUCACAACUUUGGAGGAGACCCAGGAUUAGUUACCAUAUUUGGAGAGUCUGCUGGUGGAGUGAGCGUGUCUCUUCUGCUCCUGUCACCACUGUCUGAUGGGCUGUUUCACCGUGCCAUUGCUGAGAGUGGUACAGCUGCAAUGAGUGUACUUAUGGCAAAUGAUCCUCUACCAAUGGCGCAGGCAGUUGCAAACGCAUCUGGCUGCAGCCUCGAAAGCACAAAGAAGAUCAGUGACUGCAUGAGAAACCUUGAUAUUGAUACUAUAGUGGGUUUUACACAGGAUCCAAAUUUGAGAUUUCAAGUAAAUGUUGAUGGACAUUUCCUGACUAAACCUGUGGAUGAGCUGUUUCGUAAACAUGAACUUCAUACUGUUCCAUUCAUGACUGGUGUCAAUAAUGAUGAAGGUGGAUGGAUACUUGUAUCAUUUUUUGCUCCCCAAAACUGGACAGAAGGACUAGAUCGGGAAUUUGUUUUGAACAUGGUGUCCUUCUUCUACCCCGACCCUAAAGCAGCAUUUAUCAGAGAUGUGAUAGCUGAUGAAUAUAUCGGAAAUGGUGACGACCGUGUGAAAAACAGAGAUGGGUACACUGAGAUGCUUGGAGAUUUGUUUUUCACCAUUCCAGCGAUUAAAGCUGCUAAUGCUCACAGAGAUGCAGGUGCUCCUGUAUACCUGUAUGAGUACCAACAUCCUCCCAAAUUCCUGCAGCAGAAAAGGCCGAGCUUUGUUGGGACUGACCAUGGAGAUGAAAUUUUUACAGUUUUGGGGUUUUGCUUCACAACUACCCAUGUUAGGUUACCCGAUCCGUGCCCUGAGGAUGAGGAACAGUUGAGCAAGAUCAUGAUGAGCUACUGGGGGAACUUUGCUCGCACAGGAUCUCCUGAUGGGCACAACCUUCUCCACUGGCCAAAGUAUGGAGCAGAAGAAAAGUACCUGGCAAUUGGUUUAAAAAAGCAGGUAACUGCUCAGCACCUGAAGAAGGAGCGCUUUGACUUCCUGACUCAGACCGUCCCAGAGAAGAUCAAACAGCAUGAGGAAAAUGCAGAACCACCUGUAGUCCACACAAAGCUCGGGAGCCUGAGAGGUGAGUAUGUGAGUGUGAAAGGGAAGGAGACUGGCGUCCAUGCCUACCUGGGUGUCCCAUUUGCCAAACCACCCCUCGGCCCUUCCUUGAGACUGGCUCCACCUCAGCCUGCAGAAGGAUGGGAAGGAGUAAGAGAUGCCACUAAACAGCCACCAAUGUGCAUUCAGUCUAAAGAAGCUGUUUUGGAUCUGGCUGAUAAACUUGGUGGACUGCUGGCAGAAAUACCAGACAUCUCUGAAGACUGUCUUUACCUCAACAUUUACACUCCUGCAAAAAGAGCUAAUAAUGCCAAGCUCCCAGUCAUGGUCUCAAUCCAUGGUGGGGGCUUUAUGCUGGGAUCAGCUUCAACAUAUGAUGGCUCUGCCUUGGCUGCUUACCAGGACGUGGUUGUGGUUUUGAUCCAGUAUCGCUUGGGAAUUCUGGGUUUUCUCAGCACUGGAGAUGAGCACAUUUCAGGGAACUUUGGCCUGCUGGACCAGGUUGAAGCUCUCAAGUGGAUCCAGCAGCACAUUCACAACUUUGGAGGAGACCCAGGAUUAGUUACCAUAUUUGGAGUGUCUGCUGGUGGAGUGAGCGUGUCUCUUCUGCUCCUGUCACCACUGUCUGAUGGGCUGUUUCACCGUGCCAUUGCUGAGAGUGGCACAGCUGCAAUGAAUGUAUUUGUGGCAAAUGAUCCUCUACCAAUUGCGCAGGCAAUUGCAAACGCAUCUGGCUGCAGUCUCGAAAGCACAAAGAAGAUCAGUGACUGCAUGAGAAACCUUGAUAUUGAUACUAUAGUGGGUUUUACACAGGAUCCAAAUUUAAGAUUUCAAAUAAAUGUUGAUGGACAUUUCCUGACUAAACCUGUGGAUGAGCUGUUUCGUAAACAUGAACUCCAUGCUGUUCCAUUCAUGACUGGUGUCAAUAAUGAUGAAGGUGGAUGGAUACUUGCAUCAUUUUUUGCUCCCCAAAACUGGACAGAAGGACUAGAUCGGGAAUUUGUUUUGAAUACGGUGUCCCUCUUCUACCCCGACCCUAAAGCAGCAUUUAUCAGAGAUGUGAUAGCUGAUGAAUAUAUCGGAAAUGGUGAUGACCGUGUGAAAAACAGAGAUGGGUACACUGAGAUGCUUGGAGAUUUGUUUUUCACCAUUCCAGCGAUUAAAGCUGCUAAUGCUCACAGAGAUGCAGGCGCUCCUGUAUACCUGUAUGAGUACCAACAUCCUCCCAAAUUCCUGCAGCAGAAAAGGCCGAGCUUUGUUGGGACUGACCAUGGAGAUGAAAUUUUUACAGUGCUGGGAUUUUGCUUCACAACUAGCCAUGUUAGGUUACCCGAUCCGUGCCCUGAGGAUGAGGAACAGUUGAGCAAGAUCAUGAUGAGCUACUGGGGGAACUUUGCUCGCACAGGAUUUCCUGAUGGGCACAACCUAGUCCACUGGCCAAAGUAUGGAGCAGAAGAAAAGUACCUGGCGAUUGGUUUAAAAAAGCAGGUAACUGCUCAGCACCUGAAGAAGGAGCGCUUUGUCUUCCUGACUCAGACCGUCCCAGAGAAGAUCAAACAGCAUGAGGAAAAUGCAGAACGCAGCGAGCUGUAG